GGCGGCACGCAGCCUGUGUCAUCCGCCAUUUUGUGCGAAGCAAGGUGGCAUCCACAUUCCCUGAGCGACUUCUCCGCUUCUGCCUCGACCGCCCCUUGACCACAGACAUGUCUCGAGAUCGGUUCCGGAGUCGCGGCGGUGGCGGUGGCGGCUUCCACCGGCGCGGAGGAGGCGGCGGCCGCGGCGGCCUUCACGACUUCCGCUCGCCGCCGCCCGGCAUGGGCCUCAAUCAGAACCGCGGACCCCUGGGUCCCGGCCCGGUCCAGGGCGGCCCCAAACCCCCGAUCCCGCCGCCGCCUCCACACCAACAGCAGCAGCAGCAGCCGCCGCCGCAGCAGCCGCCCCCACAGCAGCCGCCGCCGCUUCAGCCGCCACAUCAGCAGCCGCCGCCGCUUCAGCAGCCGCCUGCACAUCAGCAGCCGCCGCCGCCACAGGACUCAGCCAAGCCCGUGGUUCCUCCGGGACCCGGCCCGGCUCCCGGGGUAGGCACCGCCCCGCCGGCCUCGGGCCCGGCGCCGCCCGCCACUCCCCCGACUUCUGGGGCCAGCACGGGGCCAGGCCCUAUCCCGACCCCGCCGCCCGCUGUCACCUCGGCGCCCUCCGGGGCGCCCCCGCCGGCGCCUCCGAGCAGCGUGGUCUCCACCCCGCCACCUCAGGCUGGGGGCCCGCCGCCUCCACCCGCCGGGGGCCCGGUGCCCGGGCCUAAGCCGGGCCCAGGACCCGGCGGCCCCAAAGGCGGUAAAAUGCCGGGCGGGCCGAAGCCGGGUGGGGGCCCGGGCCUCAGCACUCCAGGCGGCCAUCCGAAGCCGCCACACCGAGGAGGCGUCGAGCCCCGCGGAGGACGGCAGCACCACCCGCCCUACCACCAGCAGCACCACCAGGGUCCCCCUCCCGGAGGGCCCGGCGGCCGCACCGAGGAGAAGAUCUCCGACUCGGAGGGCUUUAAAGCCAACUUGUCUCUCCUGCGAAGACCCGGGGAGAAAACUUACACUCAGCGUUGUCGGCUGUUUGUUGGGAACCUACCUGCUGAUAUUACAGAGGAGGAAUUCAAAAGACUGUUUGCUAAAUAUGGAGAACCAGGAGAAGUUUUUAUCAACAAAGGCAAAGGAUUCGGAUUUAUUAAGCUCGAGUCCAGGGCAUUGGCUGAAAUUGCCAAAGCUGAACUUGAUGAUACACCCAUGAGAGGUAGACAGCUUCGGGUUCGCUUUGCCACACAUGCUGCUGCCCUUUCUGUUAGAAAUCUUUCACCUUAUGUUUCCAAUGAACUGUUGGAAGAAGCCUUUAGCCAGUUUGGUCCUAUUGAAAGGGCUGUUGUAAUUGUGGAUGAUCGUGGAAGAUCUACAGGGAAAGGCAUUGUUGAAUUUGCUUCUAAACCAGCAGCAAGAAAAGCAUUUGAAAGAUGCAGUGAAGGCGUUUUCUUACUGACAACAACUCCUCGUCCAGUCAUUGUGGAACCACUUGAACAAUUGGAUGAUGAAGAUGGGCUUCCUGAAAAACUUGCACAGAAGAAUCCAAUGUAUCAAAAGGAGAGAGAAACCCCUCCUCGUUUUGCCCAGCAUGGCACAUUUGAGUAUGAAUAUUCUCAGCGAUGGAAGUCCUUGGAUGAAAUGGAGAAACAGCAAAGGGAACAAGUUGAAAAAAACAUGAAAGAUGCAAAAGACAAACUGGAAAGUGAAAUGGAAGAUGCCUAUCAUGAACAUCAGGCAAAUCUCUUGCGUCAAGAUCUGAUGCGACGCCAGGAAGAAUUAAGACGCAUGGAAGAACUUCACAAUCAAGAAAUGCAGAAACGUAAAGAAAUGCAAUUAAGACAAGAAGAGGAACGACGUAGAAGGGAAGAAGAGAUGAUGAUUCGUCAACGUGAGAUGGAAGAACAAAUGAGACGACAAAGAGAGGAAAGUUAUAGCCGAAUGGGCUAUAUGGAUCCAAGAGAAAGAGACAUGAGAAUGGGUGGUGGAGGAGCAAUGAACAUGGGAGAUCCCUAUGGUUCAGGAGGCCAGAAAUUUCCACCAUUAGGUGGUGCUGGUGGCAUAGGUUAUGAAGCUAAUCCUGGAGUUCCACCAGCAACCAUGACUGGUUCCAUGAUGGGAAGCGACAUGCGUACUGAGCGCUUUGGGCAGGGAGGCGCGGGACCUGUGGGUGGACAGGGUCCUAGAGGAAUGGGGCCUGGAACUCCAGCAGGAUAUGGUAGAGGGAGAGAAGAGUAUGAAGGCCCAAACAAAAAGCCCCGAUUUUAGAUGUGAUAUGUAGGCUCUCAUUCUAGUUUGUUUUUGUCUUUUCUUGUUUAGAUACCAAUCUUUUAAAUUCUUGCAUUUUAGUAAGAAAGCUACCUUUUUAUGGAUGUUAGCAGUUUAUUGACCUAAUAUUUGUAAAUGGUCUGUUUGGGCAGGUAAAAUUAUGUAAUACAGUGUUUUGAAACAGGAUUUUUUCCUUUUUAUUUUCCUUUUUUUUAACUGUAUAAUGUCCCACAAGUUAUGGCAGUGUACUUUGUGCCAUCGAAUUUCCAAAGUGUACUUUUUUUUUUUUUUUUUUUUUUUUUUUUACUGUGCUUCAAAUAAAUAGAUAAAAUAGUUAAAAUAUUGAUCUUCAAUUUUGCCAUUCAUGCUUCCAUGCACAUUAGGCUAGGUAUUCCACUUUGAAAGCAUGAGAGUGUUGAGACCUUCAAAUGGCAUGUGCCAUUUCUGGGAAAUGUAUUUGUAGGCUAAGUAUUGCUUUUUACAAAUAAGUACCCCUUUGUUUUAAAAAGAAGAAAUACAUACUGAAGUAGAUUCGUGAUUUGAUUUGUUUGGCAUUAUAGGAAGCAAGCGGUGCUAAGUACUUUUAAAUGGUUAUAUAAGUAAAACAACUGUAAAUCUUCAUUCAGGAAUAUGUAUUAAGAUUAUGGAAUUGGGUGUAUGACUAUUGGUAGGGGGAGAAAGUGGGCAUGACUAAAUGGAUCUUUUAUGGCCCUAUGAGUUAUCCUUUUCUUGAAAGCUUCUGGAGAAAAAGUGGAAAGAUCAUUUUGUUGCAUUCCUCCGUUCUUGUUUUUAAAAGAAUAAGUCCCAAGCCCUACAACUGGCUUGUAUUGAACUUUCACAUUUGAAUUAAAGAUUAUUAAACAUGAAGUCUUUUCAUGUAUUACUUUAAGCGAUUUAUAAAGAUGGGGUUUAGUCUGAAAAUUUCAACUUGAAAGUAAGAAGUAUAGUAACCAUAAACGAGGUGUAGUUAUAUAUACAUUUGUACUCUGAACCUUUUAUAUCUCCUUUUGUUACUUCAUUGGGCAAAAACUAUAGGACCAUAAAUCUACUUGCUCUCUUUUCAAAGAAUUAGUGGUGACUGUUGACAUGUAGGGUUGCAGAUAGGCAUUCAUUCUUAAUUGUAAAAUAUUUGUUAAUCUGUUUUUCCAUAGUUCCCUUUUGAUGCAGCACUAAAUCUGGAGAGAGUUGCUUAUGCUACACAGUGCAAAUAUAAAUGUCCCUCCCACCAUAAAGCUUUGGAGUGUUUCGAUGGUGUUGUCAGUUUAUUGUCAACUUCAUUGAAUCUCCUUCCAUUAGAAUGAGGUAUUUUGACUUAAUAUUAAAGCACAUUGUUACUGUUGUCUGUUAGUACAACAGUGGGAAUCUGUUUUCCCAGUGUAUCUAUGUUAGCAGAGGGAACAGCUUCCUAAAAGUAGGUAAAAUAAUUCAAUGGCUUGGCUUUGUUCUUAGUUAUGGUUCCAUUCAAAUUUGUACAUUGUAGAACUCUUUACUAUGGAAUGUGUCUUCCUCCUUUUCACCUCUGUUCUUGGUGCUAAUUGGCAAAAGUAAAAUUUUAACAAAUGCUGAAGUUUAGUAUUGUGCCUGAGUACAAAGGGAAACCUAUUGUUGAAAUAAUUGAGCACCUUCUGCCUGGGAAACUGGAUAAUACUAAAAGUAAAACACUAGUGGAGUAUAAAGGCAUGUCACCCAAUUCUGGUUGUGUGACUGACAGGUACAUGAUGUGUUAAUUAAGGAAACCUCAUUAGAAAAUGUUCAUUAUUUCUAUUCACCAAGACACCUGGAAAUGGGUGGUAGUUCUACCAUAAUUAUAUUAAUGAGGAAGUUUUGUCCCCAGUUAAGGUAUGAAUUGGUGCUAUAUAUGAGAUUUUUCUGUACGGAAACAAGGAUCUUGAUUUGAAAGAAGUCCAUUAUAAUUUGAUUGGAUUGUGUAGUAGGGACUCAACUAAUGAUAAAAUAAGGGGUGUUCAUGGGACACCCGUGGAGGGUGAACUUGUAUGUGUGUGGGCGGGGGCUGGUGGGGAAAUGGGAUAAUCUGCCUAUAAAAUUAAUGUUUCAGUUUAUUUUUCAGAUUACAUGCCUUUCUUUAUAAGGGAUGCUGGCACAGACCCCUAAAAUAAGCUUUUGGUAGUACUGUACCUUUGAAGAGUGGUGAAGGAUGCUCAUGGAUAAUCUGCUGAAAGUUGUGGUUUUGAUAGCCUUACUGAGGGCUGUAGAAUUGCUAAAUGUUGUUUAGCAAAUAAUCUUGCUCAGUUUCAACUAAGUUUUUUUACUUUUAUCACUGAAAUAGCAGUGUACCAAGGGUUGUAAGGUACUCAAAUAGACUUUCUGUAAGUCUUGUAUAUGAUAGUUUUUAGCCUAAUGGGAAUUUAAGUCAUCUUAAAAAAAAAGUUGCCUAAAAGCUGAUGUGAAACUUGGGAUGGGAGAGGGAAGGUAGUAGUUUCAAAGUAUUUAGCCAUUUUUCUCAUUUGAAGAAAUCACCUGCCCCCAUUUUCCCCUUCUCCAUUCUCAUAAUUUUGUUUUUAAGAGGAACACUGAUCAUUUUAAAACUUAGUAGUCCAAAUCGUUAACCGCAUUCUCUAAGAGACCCCUGUAUAUUUUAAUAGGUAUCUCAAGCUUUUAACCCAUUGGCUCACAUUUAGUGAAAUCACAAUCCUUCUUUGUUUAGAACACUAAUUGAACUCAUUAACAAGUUCUAUAAACCCUACCACUCUUUAUGUAGAUAUACCACUAUUAUAAACAUUAUAAUUUGGGAAAUUGUAAUGUUACGCCUGUGCAAUUUUUAUAAGUGGCAUAUUAUGGCAGAUAAAACUUAGAUACUUGGCUUUUCUUGGGCAAGCCACUAAGUUUUGGUAGAAUGUUUUCUGGUGUUCUUGGACUGCAAUUAUGCACUAUUAAAGUAGUGGCCUGCUACAUAACUGCAUUUAGCCAGCAUUUCUGCAGUGCGUAACUGUGAGGAACGUAGUACCGCAAAUGGCAAUGGACAUUAGGACCCGGAUGUAGUAUUCCUGCUUGCUCCAAGAUUCUCAUUGCCGACUGCAUACAGGUACGAAUGAUUGAUGUUGGCUGAUACUGGAGUGCUCAUUAGCCUGAAGUGGAUAAUUGUUCUCAAGAUGUCAAAGCAUAAGCCAACCAAGAGAGAAAGCCAAAACUUACAAGACAGAGGAAGUAUCAAGGAUUCGGUGAACUGUGUCCAGGAAACCAGUGAAGAAGAGGGCAAAGAGGAAUGAACAACCUAAUUGUUAAUAAAGACAUCUUAAAAAUAA